AUGCCCCUCCCAGAUCUGGAGACUUGCAACUGUAGCUUUCUCUUGUCCCGAAUGCAGGCAAAUGUCCCAGGUCAGAGAAUUCCCAGCAGUCAACAGGAGCCGCAGCUUUUGCAGAGCACUGAGGGUCAGAGCCAGUGUGCCAGGCACCAGCAAGAGCUCAAGCUGUUUUGUGAACUUGACCAGAUGCCCCUCUGUAUGAGAUGUUCCCAAAGCCCAGAGCAUGGAGCUCACAGGCUCUCUCCUGUAGGAGAGGCUGCUGACAAUUACAGGGAGAAGCUCCAGUGCAUUAGGAGUGACUUGGGGAAGCAUUUGGAGGAAGCUGAGAAACGUCUAGCUGAGCACAGGAGAUCUGCUGCUGGCUGGCACUGGAUGGUCCUGACAGAAUAUUACAAACUUGGCUACUUCCUGAUGCAUGAAGAACACCUGUGCUAUGAAAGGAUAGAGGAAGAUGAAAGGGCAAGGUACACUAGACUCUCCCAGUAUAAGCAAACCCUUCAGCACCUCCUGCUGGAGCUGCAGGAAGCAGGCCACCAACCCAAUGAGGAUCUGCUACAGGAAGGGAAGCAGUUGCUGGGAAGGAGUGAGUCAGUGUUGUCCCAAAGGACCAAGGCUGUCACCCCAGAGCUGAGAGAAUACCCCAUCCCUGGCAUAAUGGAGAUGCUCAACAGUUUCAGAGUGGACAUCAUGCUGGAUCCCACAUCAGCCAGUCCCUGUGUGACUGUUUCUGAGGAUCUGAGGAGUGUGCAGGCUGGAGAAGGCUGGCCAGGGGAGACCUGGCACCCUGCGGACCUUGCUGGCUGGUAUGUCUUUGCUGAGCAGGCUUUCCGCUCAGGCACUCUGUACUGGGAGGUGGAUGUGACUCAACUGCCUCAGUGGAUCCUGGGGAUCCAUAGCCCAUGCUCGGGGAAGAGGAGGGGCAGGAGGGACAGGAAGGACAGGAAGGUGAACUCCUGUCUCUCUGUGUUCCUGCUUCUCUGUGUCAAGAAGGAGGAGGAUUGCUAUUUCCAAACAUAUCCAGGAUCACUGAACCAUCAAGUGAAAGGCCCUGUGCCCAGGGUUGGGGUGUGCCUAGACUAUAGCUUUGCCACUCUUACCUUUUACAACAUCCUCCGGCAUUGCCUCAUUUACAGCUUCCAUCUCACUUCCAUCACCCAGCCCAUCACAGCCAUCUUUUCUCCUGGCCCCCCACUUCCAGGAACAAAGGGGCUCCUUGGAAACAAGGAGUUGCCUGAUGAAGAUGAUGCUUCUGCUACUGUUGCUGCCGCCGCCGCCGCCACCGCUGCUAUGAGAAGGAGGAUGAAUAUGAUGCCUGGGUAUCAUUAG